AAAAUUACAGAAAAUCCCCCAGCUAAAACAGCAUAGCGGCAAAGCCCCACUUUUCUUCUUUUCCAAGUUCCCCCUCCCUGCGAGAAUAAGAUCUCUACUUGUUCUUAGAUCAUCAGCUAGCCCUAAUAGUUUGCAAAUCUUUUCUUACAGUUAGUCUCAGAUAUCUGCAAUGGUGAAGGCAACGACGGAUGUUCCGGCCAAGGGCGGUUUUAGCUUCGAUUUGUGCAGAAGGAAUGAGAUGCUCGUGAAGAAAGGGCUUCAGCCUUCGUCUUUCCUCAAGACUGGAACUACCAUCGUGGGAUUAAUUUUUCAGGAUGGUGUUAUUCUUGGAGCGGACACACGAGCCACUGAAGGACCCAUAGUUGCUGAUAAGAAUUGUGAGAAAAUUCACUACAUGGCUCCUAAUAUUUAUUGUUGUGGAGCAGGGACUGCAGCUGAUACCGAGGCUGUAACUGACAUGGUCAGUUCCCAACUGAAGCUUCAUAGAUAUCACACUGGUCGUGAAUCCAGGGUUGUGACAGCUCUUACACUUUUGAAGUCCCAUCUUUUCAGUUACCAAGGAUAUGUUUCAGCUGCUUUGGUUCUUGGGGGAGUUGAUAUCACCGGUCCUCAUUUGCACACUAUUUAUCCGCAUGGUUCAACUGACACACUGCCAUUUGCUACAAUGGGCUCUGGUUCCCUAGCAGCAAUGUCUGUCUUUGAGUCAAGAUACAGAGAAGGGCUUACUAGGGAAGACGGAAUUCAACUGGUGACAGAUGCCAUACUGGCAGGAAUUUUCAAUGAUCUGGGUAGUGGAAGCAAUGUUGAUGUUUGUGUUAUAACAAAGGGGCAUGCAGAAUACAUUAGAAACCACAAGUUGCCGAAUCCCCGAACCUAUCCUCAGAAGGGUUAUACUUUUCCUAAAAAGACUGAGGUUCUUCUGACGAAAAUUACACCCUUGAGAGAGAUGGUGGAAGUGAUAGAAGGUGGUGAUGCUAUGGAAGAGUGAGUUAUGCUGCUGCAAGAUUGAAGCUUAUUUAUUAUGUUGCCAUGCUUGAAUCUUCUAUUUGUAUGAAGUAUUUCAUCAGAUGAGAUGUUGCUUUCAGACAAAAUAUAUAGCAUGCUUUCUUAAAUGAUAUGGCGUAGCUGUUGACUUGUGCCAUCAUUCCCAUCAAUGAUUUGAAAAUCCUUUUUUACGCAGUAACA